AGGUAUCGAGAGAGAGAGAAAAAAAAGAAGAAGAAGAAGACAAAGUACAGAGAGAGAGAGAGAGAGAGAGAGUCAGAGAGAGAUGGAGGUGGGAGGAAGUUGCAGCGAUAUCCAGGGGCUUCCGGAAGAGUGCGUGUCGCAUGCGAUAUCGUUUACGUCCCCUCGUGAUGCGUGCCGAUCAGAGGCGGUCUCGGCAGCGUUUCGGUCGGCAGCGUGCUCUGACAAAGUGUGGAGGAGUUUCCUUCCGGCCGAUUACGCUGAGAUGCUCGCACGAGCCGUCGAUCGGGUGGAAUUUGCAUCGAUGAAGCACCUGUACUUCCGCCUCUGCGACCCGAUCCUCAUCGACGGCGGAAAGAUGGGCUUUUUUGUGGAUAGAGACACUGGGGCUAAGUGCUUCAUCUUGCCGGCGAGAGAGCUUUGGAUUGUGUGGGGAGAUACUCCACAAUAUUGGAGAUGGGUUCCUCACCCUGAAUCAAGGUUUUCGGAAGUUGCUGAGCUAUUGAAUGUCUGUUGGUUGGAGAUCCAAGGCAAGAUUAACUGUAGGAUGCUUUCCAAACGGUCCAACUAUUCAGCUUAUCUUAUAUUCAAAUUAUCAAAUAGUGCAAGGGGCUUCAGGUUUCCUUUGCAGGAGGUGUCGGUCACCAUAGGAGGAGUCCAUGUCUCAAAGUUCUCGGUGCGCUUGAUGGAAGAACAAGAAUCUUCCAGGCUUCGGCCAAUUUUGCGUCGGCCUAGAAUUAUGUGGAAUAUCUUACAUCAUGCGAAUUUACCACAAGAGCCCCAAGAAGAUUUACGAGAGCCUCUGAAUGAUCCACCAGUUGAGGCACCAGAUGUGCCCGACGACGCCGAUGAACCUCAGCAUGAUCAAUUGCCAGAUCCAAAUGAGCAAGCACGGAGGGAUCGUGGAAUGGUUCUAAAACCUCAAACAAGGCAGGAUGGGUGGAUGGAAAUUUUGCUGGGGGAGUUCUACAAUGAAGAAGGGGAUGAUGGGGAUGUUGCUAUGUCAUUGUUGGAGAUCAAAGGUGGGAACUGGAAGAAUGGCCUCAUUGUGCAGGGAAUCGAGAUUAGGCCUAAGAAAAGAAGUUGUGGAGAUUCUUGUAAGAGAGAGAAAGAUGAAAAUGUUGGAAUUAGUUUUCCUAGAAGAAGUUACGGAGAUUGUUGUAAGAGAGAUAAAAGAUGAAAAUGACGGAAAAGGAAUUCAAUAUCAUGCAAGAGAAUUUCAAUUGCAGAAUUAGAGCUUCAGAAUAUAUUUCAGACUUCUCAAAAUAUGAUGACUCAAUCUCUGCUCAAGAAUUCUAUUGUUAUUCAGGAUACUAUGUAAGAGGAAUGAAAUUUUCUUUUAUCUUUUUUUCUUUUAGAAGAUAAUUAGAGAGGCUCAAGUAUGCACCCACUAGAAAAUAAAUUUAGUAGUAAAAAAAAAA